AUGCCAUUAAUGGCUUCAGGAUACCAGCCAACACUUUAAAGUCGAUACAGCAAGGCAGAAAUGCACUUGCAUGUCAGGAAGUGUUUUGGAAACUUUAACUGUUCAAAGCCAGUGAUCUCACAAAUCAGUCACACUAGACACUGGACGAUUCGCCGAACAUACAGUAACUCUGCAUCAGGUGCGAAUUUCUCCUGUUAGUUGAAAGGGAACGCUCGUCUCAAAUGGCAAAUUUAAAACUCCCGUACAAGUACAACAAACUGUUACUUGGAAGUUUAUAUAAAACCUCUUAGUUGGCCCUUUUGUUCAUUUUAUAAUCAAAGUUGUUUAAAAUUGCUGCGUUCGCUAAAUUAGAGACCACCCAUCUUGGAUUUACUAUACGGAACAAGCGGAAAAACGGCGAAUAUCUAUUACGCCAUGGUUUAUUCUGCUGUUAAAAUCAUAAAUACCUGAGUAAAAGAAAAUAACUCCGCAAGUGUGGCCUCAGUUCUUAACAAUGAGGCAAUAAAAGUGACCUUCAGACAAAUCAUUUUGUCGCUUAGACAGCUUAAUUUGCAUUCAUCACACAACAACUUAUCUGCAGGUGUUUACUCUUUCAAAAGCUGUGGCUGAACUGUCCGGUAUUGAUCCAGAAACUGUAAAAUUUCACAAUACUCUGAUUACUCUGACCUGAGCUAUAAAUCAUUUUUGAAAAGCUGUUUGUGUAAGGCGACUGCUCAUUGAGAAACUACACUAAAACAAGGGCAAAAUAUACAAAAAUUUGUCACCAGAGGAUUCAAAAUAGCUGAUAAGUGCUGAGCUAAGCGUCCAAAUAUUUGUUUUGGUUCCAUAUUUCCAGUAUUUGGACCAUUUUACUAGGUUGCACUGAUUGCACCACCCUUGAUUUGGAGAAUUACACCUGAUUGCUGUUGGACCUGAAUGCAUCACUGGGUCAGGAAAGGGGCAUGCCAUAAAUUAGAUUACAAGAACCUCUAUUUUGAAUGUCAUAACACUAGUGGAAAAAAAAAAGUCUGUUACCUAAAAAAGUGAGUUAUUUUUGUUGAGUAAUGUGUGAGAGGCUGAGGUGACUGGAACACGAAUUGGCCCCUGUGAUUAUUUUUGGCACAGGAAGUUGUUCUGAUUAUGCUGUUGCGGAAAACCCAUUUGUUUCCUGUGUAUCUGGCUUAGUAUACAUUUGCUAAGUGGUGUUUGUAUUGAAAGUCCACUAACAAUAAUGGGAAACGUAAGGCUGACAAAUCUACAUCACAAAACUAAAAAGGCAGAGGUAAUGUUAGGUUACAUGAUUUUUCUCCCCACAUUCUGUAAAUAAACGAUACUGUGUUUCCCUGGAUCUGUUCUGAGGAGGAGAUCGGACUGUCUUCUGCCUGGCCGACAGACAAUUAACUCCCUGGUGUCUGAUUCGCACAGCAGACACUUUGCUCUGGAGAGCUGUAACCAGAAUUCCGCUGAAGAGGUCGCGCAAGGACUUCUGAAGGAGUUCAGCCUGUGCGUCUGCGCCUGUGUGCGUGUGUCUGCGGGUGAGUGUAUUUCAUUCAAUGAAACACAACACCCCGCUUCUCUGUCUGAAGCCUCUUCGGAAACAGGUUUGAUUAUAUUUAAAAGCUUGACCCGGGAGAGAAACCCAAACAACUGUCUGUUCUAAUAUUAGCCGUGCGGCUGCGGACUACUAUGUAUGAAUUCUAUUAUUGCCCGGGCUCGGAUAUAGUCCAAAAGGCAACUCGCAUCAAAAGAUUUGCACUUUUGUCUACAGUUGGUGGAAAAAAUAUCAGUUACUUCCAAGUAGCCUGGUACCUUUAAUUUGAAGGACUUAAAGUAUGUUCUGAUAAGCCUGUUGGCAAUCGGCCUGUUUGAUUAUACAUUAAUAAAGGCCUUGAUAUGGAGUAUUAAUAGAUAAUUAUUAUUAUUGUUAUUAUUAUUGUUGUUGUUUUUAUAUGAUUACAGCUUUGGUACAUAUUUGCUACAUAUCCAAGUCGUGCGUAAAGCGAGCUGUCCUUGAUGUAAUGUGAUAAAAGAACAAAAGAUCAUUAAAUUGAAAUUAAUUUAAAUUAAAACCAAUUUCAUAUCAGUUUGCCGGUUUGCUCUGUUCUAACAUCUUUCUGUUGUUUGACUGCAGCGCUACGUAAUCCGGAAAUUUGUUGCCAUAUUACAAAUAUGUCCAUAUUCUUCAAUCAUUGCGGCCGGAGAAAGUUGCUUGUAACGAUGUCACCUGAUUGGGAUUGAAAGAACUUUGGUAAGAAAAAAAAAAAAAAUCUCCCCACCCCCACAGAAGAGGAGACCGCCCACCAGAGACAGUCAACCCGAGACCCCUUAUAGAUUUAAAAAGAGAGGCUGCAUUCUCAGACUGACACUUAUUCAACACUGCCACCUUAAGCAGAUUACUUGUGCGCUGCCUGUGUCAAAUACGUGGUUUACUUUGACUCUCCAUCAUGUUUGGGAUGCUGAAACACCACCUUCACCCGGGCAUUUUUCUCUUGUUCGUAUGGCUUUGCCACCUCAUGGAACAUCAAAAAGUUCAAGCUGGGAACUGCUGGUUGCAGCAGGGGAAGAACGGGAGAUGCCAGGUGCUCUACAUGCCGGGGAUGAGCAGGGAGGAGUGCUGUAGAAGUGGAAGAUUGGGGACGUCCUGGACCGAGGAGGACGUCCCCAAUAGCACGCUCUUCAGGUGGAUGAUCUUCAAUGGCGGAGCUCCCAAUUGCAUACCUUGCAAAGGUGGAGAAACCUGCGAUAACGUGGACUGCGGACCCGGAAAGAGGUGCAAGAUGAACAGAAGAAGUAAGCCACGCUGCGUGUGCGCACCAGACUGUUCCAACAUCACCUGGAAAGGACCGGUUUGCGGCUCAGAUGGAAAGACCUACAAAGACGAAUGCGCACUGCUGAAGGCUAAAUGCAAAGGCCACCCCGAUCUGGACGUGCAGUACCAGGGGAAAUGCAAGAAAACGUGCCGUGACGUCUUGUGCCCCGGGAGCUCCACAUGCGUCGUGGACCAGACAAAUAACGCAUAUUGUGUGACGUGUAAUCGGAUUUGCCCCGAGGUCACGUCGCCUGAGCAGUACCUGUGUGGAAACGACGGGAUCAUCUAUGCCAGCGCCUGUCACCUGAGAAGGGCUACCUGUCUCCUCGGCAGGUCUAUUGGAGUGGCAUAUGAGGGAAAAUGCAUCAAGGCCAAGUCAUGUGAGGACAUCCAGUGCAGCGCGGGGAAGAAGUGUCUGUGGGAAGCCCGGUUGGGCCGGGGCCGCUGCUCCGUGUGUGAUGAGACCUGUCCGGAGAGCAGGACGGACGAGGCGGUGUGUGCCAGCGACAACACCACAUAUCCCAGUGAAUGUGCCAUGAAGCAAGCUGCUUGUUCUAUGGGGGUGCUGCUGGAGGUCAAGCACUCGGGAUCUUGCAACUCCAUUACAGAAGACCAGGAGGAGGAUGAGGAAGAUGAGGACUCAGACUACAUGGCCUAUGUCCAUUUAUCUUCUAUACUGGAUGGAUAGGCUCCCAUCGCUAGGGUAAACAGUCCUAGGGCAAGGAAUCAUGUCCAUACUGUACAUUAUGUGUAUGCUUAUUUAUUUUUUAAAGAAAAAGGAAGUAUACAUAUAGUUCAGUCUGCUAGAUGUUUAUUUAUACUUUUUUUGUGUGUGUUUUAUAAUUUAUACAUUUACAUUGUCAGGCUAUCAUCUACCAUGAUAUAUUGUGUUACCACUCAUUUUCCUAUUUUUUUUUUUUGUUGUCGUCCCUUUUACUUUCUUUUUUUUUUAUCAUGAAGAAAUAUAUUUGUCCAAAGAAAAACAGUGUUAUUUAUUUGUCAUGUUACCGUGUAAGUAUAAGUCCUCUACAAGCUGUAAAUUGCAUUCCCCGAGCUGUAAAAAUCUGCUUGUUCCUGUCAAAUCUCUAUCACAGAUGUUUAUGUCACACAUACGUAAAUGCAUGUUUAGGCUGUGUGUUUAUUUAUUGGGAAUAUAUCAAUCAUUUUAUGUACAGAUGUGUUUCUGGUUUGUUUACAACUAUGAUAACUGACCAAAGGGAUUCUCUCAAUGGUUCUUUUUUUGUUUUUGUUUUGUUAGUUUUUUUUGCAAAAAAAGCAUCGUUAAAAAAACAGCAAAAAAACAAGAUGCAACACAGCAGUGAUGGAAUGGAAAAGAAAAAAAAGAGCCAUUUGUUUUUCUUUUCUCAUGUUUAGAUUUUCCUUCGGUUUUUAGCCCUUUAGAUGUGUUUUCCACACGGAGACAACAACACAUUAGACAUAGCAUUUGCUUUGUGUCACCACAUUAGAGCGGAGGUAAGAUUUGGACGAUACUUGAUUAUUUUGGAAACAAUGUGCCAUUAACAUUUGUGAGCUGUCUUCUUGCCAACGUGCUCCAUAUUGCUCUCACAGAGCUGAGAUAGGACUAAUGUACUGCAGUACUCUACACUAUAUAUCAAAUUUCUUCACUUUCGUUUCGUUUUGUUCUCUCUUUUCUUUUCUCAGAAUGCAUUUUUAUUUUCAAAACAUCACAAGAGAAAUACAAAAUUCUGUUAUGAAUAUAUAGUUUUGUAUUUUUUAUGUAAAUGUCAUAUGUACAUACAAAGUUUGAUGGUAUUUGUACAGAUAUGAAGAGUGAAACAAUAAAAGUUUUUUUCCUUAUACUUUUA